AUGGAUCGAGGUGGCUUUCCGGGGCACAACUCUCAGUCUUACCAGAUGACGAGUAUUGCUGCUGCGUCAGCGAGCUUGCCUGCUACUUCGAGAUUCACAGCGAUCCAUGGAACAAGCAGCGCUUUCAGUGCGAAUGCCAAUCCUAAUGAAGACUGGACAAAGAUCUCAGAUCUCGCAGAAAGACGUCGAAUUCAAAAUAGAAUUGCUCAGCGUAAUUAUCGCAAAAAGUUGAAGCGCCGUCUAGAGGACCUUGAGCGCAGAGCUGGAUCUGCCUCUGCAUCUCCAGAAACGGAUCAAGCAGAGACUGCACAGCAGCCCAAAUCUCGAGCCAAGAAAUCUCAGUUUCCCAAAGUCAAAACUACUGCAACCCGUAAAAGGAAAAAUCCGGCACCAGAAUCUGACAACGCGGACUGGAGUCCGUCUGAUGGUUCGCUUCCACUUCAACAACAUGAAACAUACGGCACCGUGCCUGAAGCAGGCAGCAUCUAUACUGAGCAGCUCCAUUCGCGACAAAUAGCCGCUUCGCCUCCAACGGACUCAUUCUUUUAUCAAUCAUAUCCUCCUUAUUCAGAAGUUUAUGGUCAUCAUAGCUCUUACCCAUCACCACAGCCUCUUCAACACGACGUAUUUCAGAACAUGCCGCAAUCUCAAUACGACCAAAGGCCAGGGCAGAUAGCCUCUCAGCACCAUCUGAAUCACUUGAGUCAACCGAAGCAGACAAACACUUUUCCCGAUGGCCAAGAUCUUGAUCCUCUAUAUCUCAACUACGCUUCAAUUGCCGGCCUGGACAUCCCAGCGUCCCAUCAGCCGCAAUAUGGCCAGCAGACACAGACACCGCCACUUACCAAUACCUACUCAGACGGAUACUCCUCGUCAACCUCCCCAGCCCGGUCACCCGACGAACACUCUCCGUUGACGCCAGAGCAUGCAGGAUUAACCCCGGAACAUAUAUGUUAUAUGUGA